ACGCACCGCGAAGCCGCCGCGGGCGGCGUGACGUGAGCGCCCCCGCCAGAGUGGGCGACGGCGGGAGAAGUUCGGGCCGCCUGCAGGUGUGGACGCCCGUGCCUACUAAGCACAGAGUGAUGAUAAUCCCGGAGGCGGUUUUGGAAGGAUCUCGCAGGACUGAGAGAAGGACGCUUGGUUCGUGGGCCACUGGUCACACUGAGGCGGGGGUACCGAUCCUGCUGUCCCGUGCAGUAGGAUUCCGAAGUCAGAAGCUUUGUGGCCUCUCACACUGACUCUGGUGCUGGACUCCCGCGUGACCCAGUUUUGAAGAAACAAGUUUACAGACUUUGAGCUUGAGGGCAUAGCUCACCUGUGUCCUCCCGGCGCCAGCCAGCCCUGGGUGGAUGUUGAGCGCCACUGUCCAGACCCCGGUGCCGUGAGCGAGCGGCCGCUUCCUCUGUGUGUUCUCGAUCUGCAGAAGCUUAUUUCCUUUUAAAACCUGUUGAGAAGCGGAGAUCUGUGUGUCACGUGCGCACCGGCGGAUUCUUCUGGUGCACAGCAGGCCGCUGGCUUCCGGCGGGGCCUGCCUGACUUCCUCCGGGGACCCAACACCUUUGCGGGGAAUUGAAACUGGAUUUAACAAUAUUCUCAGCAAAGGCAAUUCUGAAGGGCUGUGUCACCUUCCGGGAACCCAGACACCAGGUCCAGAGAAGCCUGCUGGCCUCGUACUGCACGCUGGGUUCCAGAGAGUGACUAAGGGAGGCCACCACGAACCCUAAAUAGAAGACGGGAAGGCUGUCGUGACUGCGGGCCGUGGAGCAUGUUGAACUCAGCUUCCGAGGCCCGCGUGUUCGUGUACGGGACCCUGAAGAGAGGCCAGCCCAACCACAAGGUCCUGCUGGACGGGGCCAACGGCCGCGCAGCCUUCCGAGGCCGGGCCCGCACGGCGGAGCCGUUCCCCCUGGUGAUCGCCGGAGAGCACAACAUCCCGCGGCUGCUCAACCUCCCGGGGCAGGGGCGCCGCGUGGAGGGGGAGAUCUAUGCGGUGGACGAGCAGAUGCUGAGCUUCCUCGAUGAGUUUGAGGGCUGCCCCGACAUGUACCAGCGCACCUCUGUGAGGGUGGCGGUCCUCGAGUGGGAGGGCGCGCCCCACGCCCCCGACGGGACCCUGCAGUGCUACGUGUACAGCACGGCCUCCUACCCGCCCGAGUGGGUCGGCCUCCCGCACCAUGACAGUUAUGACUCGCAGGGGGCGCACGGCCUUCCCUACAACCCGCGGGAAAACAGGUGAGAAGGGCCGAAGCGGCCGGAGCCCCGACCGGCACUCACCGAAGGCGGAGGCGGGACGCCGCCCUGUGGAACGGGUGCUGGACGGCUCCGUGUGCGGCCAAGGGGGGGGCCCUUCCUCGGCCGCGGGCUCCAAUACACCGGAUAAGGAAAUUCAAGAUUUUAAUUCCCCUAAAUGACAUUUCCAAAAUUCAUGUCAUACUUUUUUUUUUUGCUUUGUUUUGAUCUGAAGAUAACAUUUAAAAUGCAGACUUUGUGGUGCAGCUAGAUUUUAGCAACCCUACUAUAUUGAUUCUAACCUAUAGCAGCAAGAGAAGUAAUUUUUUAAACCGAUUUUGGUUAUCUCAGUAUAAUAAAAGAAACUCCAGAAAAACAUACUGUGUUUUGGGGUAGUUUUAGAUUCUAUAAAACAUCAUUAUUUAGUUUUCAGAUCAAGCUUAUUAAAGAAAGAUCUAAAGAUGCUCAUAUAAAAUGAAACUGGGUAUUUUGGGAAACCAGAUUUAAAAGUACUUGGUACCAUUGUUGGCCUUUUUUUCCCCAUUUGCGUCUCCUUAUUUGGCAGAAGGUUCUUUUCACUGGAAUCCAGCAAAGUCACGAGCAUCGACGUGCUGGCAAGGUGCGGAGCGCCCGGACUGCAGACGGGCCGGGGCCGGGGCCGGGCUGCUCUGCAGGAGCGGCACUGCGCGGUGGGCCUUUCAAACAAGAACCAACACGUUAGUAAUUUGCUCCUCAGGCCUGACAGAAGCUUAGCUUCCAGAUACAAACAGCACUUAAAAUAAUUCCAGCAAGGCACGAAGUACCAAUUACUACCCACCUCCAUCUGAUAAUCUGUCAGCAGCGCUUCGAAUCCGCGCACGACUCUGCCCCUGCCUCCUUACUGGCAAAGUAGGAAACGGGUUCCAGGAGUUUCAGAAGCAACCGCGUCCACAGCUGCUGAGCCUCAGUGACCUCGUCCUCCGCUGGGAGAGCGCACUCGCUCUUCAACUUAAUGGUACCCUGUGAUCGCUACCCGCAUCUGGCACAAAAACAUCGGCGUUAUUUUUAGCCCCUUUUUCUUAACGGGAACCUUGCUUCACAGAAACAAAAAGGCGAGGCUGGGUAUCAGCCGAGGGGCUUGUAGCCCCCCCACUCAGCCCUCCCAGGGGAGGGAGCCCAGGCAAAGCCCUUGGGCAAGAGAGACCUAUGAGCCGCUGUCACUAGGGUGGCGUAGGGUGGCGCCCGCCCCCCCCAGGCCCAGCAACCCCACACUUGUCCCCUCACUCACCCGCCCCACAAGAGCCAGGAGCUGCCGAGGAGGGAGCGCCAGACCCCCGCCCCCGUGGGUGCUGCACGGGCUCUCAGAAUCAUGAGUGGCCACAAGUCGGAGUUAGAGCGUCCACCGGGAAGAAGUAGGUGCCGGAUUAGAAGGUGGCAAAUGAUAAUCCCAUGAAACCGAGGCAGAGGACUGGGGUGCACCUAGAGUGUUUUAAAGGGUCACAACGAAUCGCUAGUAUUUAACGUCUACUGGCACAGCCAGUAGUCUCUUACGUACAUUGUCUUCAUUCAGAAAAAGGGCAAACUAAUAUUUAGACAAAUGCUCAGUUUUAUUGAUUUAAUUUUGACACUAGGAAAUCUCACAGCAGAAGUACAAAUCAUAUGUACAAGUAUUUAUAUCAAUAAAAAUUUCCAUUGGUGAUAU